GCAAGCUCCCAGCUUGAACGUGUGAAUGGGGAGUUACUCUCCUCAACGUUUACAUUAUGUAGGACACAGACAUGAUGCUUACUUCGAUUUUGAAAAAAAUAAAAAUAACUAAUAGAUUUACGUGAGGAAGAUCACCUGCUAUAGCCAGCAUAACGGGAGAACAUAACGGGAGGAGCACAGAACAACUGCAGGCUACCGAGUGACGAGAAAGAUGGACAUAACAGACCAAGGAGCCCAGAUGGAGCCGCUACUACCAACGGAACAAAGUUCCCAAGGGGACAAGUCAGUGAGGACGGAUGAGGAGGCGGUGGUGGAUCGCGGGGGCACGCGCUCCAUGCUCAACACCAACUUUGAGAAGGAGGAGCUGGAAGGUCACCGGACUCUCUACAUAGGAGUCCACGUCCCACUGGGCCGCCGGUCUCACCGACGCCACCGUCACCAUGGUCACCGGCACAGGAAAAGGUCCAGGGAGAGAGACUCCGAGGUGGAUGAUGGGAGAGAGUCACCCUCCCACAUGGACACCCCUGCCCAGAGGGUGCAGUUCCUGCUGGGGACGGAGGAUGGUGACGAGGAGCACAUCCCCCACGCCCUGUUCACAGAGCUGGAUGAGAUCUGUCUCCGCGAGGGAGAGGAUGCAGAGUGGAAGGAGACCGCCAGGUGGCUGAAGUUCGAGGAGGACGUGGAGGACGGAGGGGAGAGGUGGAGCAAACCCUACGUGGCCACGCUCUCCCUCCACAGCCUGUUUGAGCUGCGCAGCUGCAUCCUGAACGGCACCGUGCUGCUGGACAUGAGGGCCGGCUCCCUGGAGGAGAUCGCAGACAUGGUCCUGGACCAGCACGAGGUCUCGGGGCCCCUGGGCGAGGAUGCCAGGCGUAGGAUACGAGAGGCCCUACUGAAGCAGCAUCACCACCAGAACCACAAGAAGCUGGCCAAUCGCAUCCCUAUCGUACGAUCCUUUGCCGACAUCGGCAAGAAGCAGUCGGAACCGCACUCCAUGGACAAGAAUGGCCAGACGGUCUCUCCCCAGUCCCAGCCGGCCAGCAUGGAGGUCAAAGGAGACGUUAGCAGGGAGAACAGUGCCGUGGACUUCAGCAAGAUAGACCUCCACUUCAUGAAGAAGAUCCCGGCAGGUGCAGAGGCCUCCAACGUCCUGGUGGGGGAGCUAGAGUUCCUGGAGCGUCCUGUGGUGGCGUUCAUACGCCUGGCGCCAGCAGUGCUGCUCAACGGCCUGGCUGAGGUGCCCAUCACCACCAGGUUCCUCUUCAUCCUGCUGGGGCCUCUGGGUAAGGGACCCCAGUACCACGAGAUCGGACGCUCCAUCGCCACGCUGAUGACUGACGAGGUCUUCCAUGACGUGGCGUACAAAGCCAAGGACAGGAAGGACCUGGUGGCGGGCAUCGAUGAGUUCCUGGACCAGGUUACGGUCCUGCCUCCAGGAGAGUGGGACCCGUCCAUCAGAAUAGAGCCGCCCAAGAACGUGCCCUCGCAGGAGAAGAGAAAGGUCCCUCCCAUGCCCAAUGGGGUGACAGAUCUGGGAGAAGCAGAGGAGUCUGAGGGCCACGGAGGACCAGAGCUGCAGCGCACUGGGAGGUUUUUUGGAGGCUUCUUCAUGGACAUCAAGCGCAAGGCCCCCCACUACCUGUCUGACUACAAAGAUGCAGCGAGCCUGCAGUGUCUGGCCUCCUUCCUGUUCCUCUACUGCGCCUGCAUGUCCCCCGUCAUCACCUUCGGGGGGCUCCUGGGGGAGGCCACGGAGGGACGCGUAAGUGCCAUCGAGUCCCUGUUCGGAGCCUCCAUGACAGGCAUCGCCUACUCCCUGUUCGCCGGCCAGCCUCUCACCAUCCUGGGCAGCACAGGACCUGUCCUGGUGUUUGAGAAGAUCCUCUUCAAGUUCUGCAAGGACUACGGUCUGUCCUAUCUCUCCCUGCGAGCCUGUAUCGGUCUGUGGACGGCCUUCCUGUGUCUGAUCCUGGUGGCCACGGACGCCAGCUCGCUGGUGUGCUACAUCACGCGCUUCACGGAGGAGGCCUUCGCCUCGCUCAUCUGCCUCAUCUUCAUCUACGAGGCGCUGGAGAAGCUCAUCCACCUGGGGGAACACUACCCCAUCAACAUGAACAAUAACCUGGAGAAGCUCACCCAGUACUCGUGUGUGUGUGUGGAGCCCACACACCCCACCAACGAGACGCUGAGCUACUGGGAUGAGAGGAACAUCACUGCCUCCAACGUCAACUGGACCUCCCUGGAAGUCUCGGAGUGCGAGGUGUUCCGGGGUCAUUUCGAGGGCAGUGCCUGCGGCCCUCACGGCCCCUACAUCCCAGACGUGCUCUUCUGGUCCGUGGUCCUGUUCUUCUCCACCGUGGCCAUGUCCUCCUUCCUCAAAGAGUUCAAGACCAGCCGCUACUUCCCCACCAAGGUGAGGGCGAUCAUCAGUGACUUUGCCGUCUUCAUCACCAUCCUCACCAUGGUCCUGGUGGACUACGGCCUGGGAAUCCCCUCCCCAAAACUGCAGGUCCCCAGCAAGUUUAAACCCACCAGGGACGACCGCGGCUGGUGGAUCAACCCAGUGGGGCCUAACCCCUGGUGGACCACCAUCGUGACGGUCAUCCCCGCACUGCUCUGCACCAUCCUCAUCUUCAUGGAUCAGCAGAUCACGGCCGUCAUCAUCAACAGGAAGGAGCACAAGCUCAAGAAAGGCUGUGGGUACCACCUGGACCUGUUUGUGGUGGGGGUGAUGCUGGGCGUGUGCUCCCUCAUGGGCCUGCCCUGGUUCGUGGCGGCCACCGUCCUCUCCAUCUCCCACGUCAACAGCCUGAAGCUGGAGUCCGAGUGCUCCGCCCCCGGGGAGCAGCCCCGCUUCCUGGGGAUCAGAGAGCAGCGCUUCACCGGCCUCAUGAUCUUCCUGCUCAUGGGCUGCUCCGUGUUCAUGACCUCCGUGCUCAAGUUUAUCCCGAUGCCAGUGCUGUAUGGGGUCUUCUUGUACAUGGGAGCUUCUUCUCUAAGGGGCAUUCAGUUCUUUGACCGUCUGAAGCUGUUCGGCAUGCCGGCCAAACACCAGCCGGACUUCAUCUACCUGCGGCACGUUCCCCUGAGGAAGGUGCACCUGUUCACUGUGGUGCAGCUCACCUGUUUGGCUCUGCUCUGGAUCAUCAAGACCUCCAAGGCUGCCAUCGUCUUCCCCAUGAUGGUCUUAGCCCUGGUGUUCAUCAGGAAGCUCCUGGAUUUCUUCUACACCAAGCGGGAGCUGAGCUGGCUGGACGACCUGAUCCCUGAGUGGAAGAAGAAGAAGCUGGAAGAUGCGGAGGAGGAGGAGGAGCACAGCAUCGUAGCGGAGGAGGAGGGGAUCAUCCAGGUGCAGAUGGAGGGACACUACAAGACAGACCUUAGUGACCCAGCUACAGUUAACAUCUCAGACGAGAUGUCCAAGGGCUCGUUCGGAAACGUGUGGAAGAGUGUCAACCCAGAGAACGCAGAAAAAAAGAAAGAUCCCAGCGUCAAGAGUUUCUCCCCUGGCAGUGAGAAGAGAUUCAAGCGGAGGAGCAAGGGAGAGAAGAGUUUGGACCGGGAGACUAGUUUGUGAUGCUUCACCCCAGCUGCCGCUCUGGCAGACGAAGAGCAGAGCUCCAGAGUGCCACCAGACCACCACUGUCCUGUCCUGUCCUGUCCUGUUCGUCUGUGUGUGCAACUUGUGUGUGAACAGGUCUGUUAGAAAAUGGAUAACCUUUUAGUGGAAACCAAGAAACAUUCCGUGUUUUUUUUCUAUGUGUUUUACAAUGUAUGGUGAAGCUAAAAGCAGAGUAAGAGAUUUACUGACACUUCAUGGGGUUGUGUCGAUGGGCCAAUUCAGCAACAAUUUUCAAUGACGGUUUUUAAAAAACGUAUUUACUUUUUGACUGAAUUAUUUGUAUUUUGUAUGUUUUUUCUAUUUUUCCAACAAUAUAACUGUUUAUGAUCCUUAUGAUAACCUAUCAGAACAAAACCUACAAUUAAUGGAAUUUAUGUUAGGUGUAAAUGGGAUAUCACUAUUGAAUAGAUGCACUUGACACAAAAGAUUCUUAAAAAAAUUCUAACUAGAUAUUUGCCACUACUAACCUACUUUGAAAACAUGAAAACUUGUGGGGUAUAAUUGAAGAAAAUCAUGAAAAACAUUUUGAAGGUGAAACCUUUUUUAAAUAUAUAAGUCUACAUAUACACUGUAUAUCUAAAUGUUUGAAAGCAGUAUUUCAUGAAAUAUUUUAUCAUCGCUAUUUUACGGUUGAUACUGUAUGUU